AUGACGCUUUUCAAGGACAAAGGACCACUAGUUAUGAAAAUUUCAUACAGCGGAGACGUGAGUUUGGCAUGCAAAUCUUUCACAUGCAAAUCCUUUUCGGAACGCACGAAAACUGGUUCUGGAGAAAAUGCCUCUGCUGAACCGCCGCGAUGGUUUCCAGAUACUGAAGACGAGAACUUGACGACGUGCAUCACAGCAACAGUAUCUGAAAAAACAAAAACUGGUAGCAGUGAGUUAGGCUCUGCGGAAAAAAUAGGCUCUGGAGAAAAACUACGCUCACAGUCAAGCGAAAAUAUCAUCAAGUCGUCCAUGAAAGCAUCCGAUGCUGUAAAGAGAAAUUCCGGUACUUCCGUUACAAAUAAAAUAUCACCUUCGACUAGUUUAAAAUAUACCCCACAUUUUCCUUGA